GAGCGUGUUCCAGAAGGCUUGCUCGAGACCAUAUGACUUCUCAACAUUGAAAUGUUUUCUCCAUUUUUUCGUCGGUUUCUUUUCUUUGUGUUGUCUUCAAAGAUACUUGAAGCACUGUAUGCAGAAGGUUAGUUUGGAAUUUCAUCGUUGUUCUUGUUCUUUCUUAUAUUCUCACAAACAAAGUUGUUUAAACCUAGCUCUUAGACCGUAAGUAAAUAAUGAUAAAAAAAAGAUUCAAAUAUUUAGCUGAGGAGUAUAUUCAAAAAUAAGUUGAGUUAAAUUAAUUGAUGAAUUAUUGGUAAAAAACGCGUUUGCUUCCUCAUCCUCCAUACCUCCUGUCUUGACACCCCUAUUCAUCCCUCAAGGUUGCUCAAAAAACGAGUUUGAAGUACUAUCUAGAAAUUGAAAAAAAGAGUAUCCGAUACCAUUUAUCAGGGGCGUAACGUGACCAUUUUGACAAGUACGCACACGGGUUCCAUAUGGUUUUAUAAAAACUUAAACAAAUUAAAAUAACGUUUUUGCUUUCCAUGUAUAAAUAAUUGGCAGUUUACAGCCUUGUUUACAAUAGAACGUGAUACCUAAAAAAGCUUUUAAAACGUUCUUCUCUGAGCUGGUACUGGGAUGUUUACAAACACAAGGCGAGGCGUCUUUUUGUCGAGAAAUUUGGAGUCUAAAAGCAUCGGUUGGAAGAAUUGAGAGUUGUGCAUGUGCAUGUUUGUGUAAGUUUUCCGCACGCUUAGUCCACGCUUACUCCUUUGCUGACUUUUUUGAGUUUUUCCCUUAUUUCGGUCAUGAGCAAGGGAAAGGAACAUAUAUUUAUUUUCAGCUGUUCUCAAUAUCUAUAAAGUUUGUCAUUGAAGAAAAUACUACAUCUGUUCGCUAGGAGUAAAUUUCCUGCAAAAUUCUUGUUGAUACCGCGCCAUGGCCACAUGGACAUGGCCGAUUAUCGUCGGCAUGGUUUGUCCAUGAUUUCCUAGCCUGUUCCAGGCUCCGAGAUAGUGGUGGAAAGUCGUUCAGUAAUAAGAAAUGCGAAAAACGCGCGGGGGCUGGGGAGCGCGUCUUAAUUUCACUUUUAAUAAGUUCCCACUACGUAUACUAUCUGAGAGCCUGGCACAGGCUAAUGAUUUCCAAAUUGAGCGACAUUAAAGUAGUCUUUGAAGACUUUUUCGACUUCUAUAGAGAGAGAGAAAAAACUAAAAAAUGGAAAGCUUUUGAAUGGGAAAACUUUGCAGAUAAAUCUUAAAAGGAAUGAUAAUUAGUCGGGGUCGAUUCUUUUCCGUUUUUUUUUUUUGAAUACGCAAUGUAUUGUGGGAUCCCCUGAAGGCAAACAUUUGAAGAAUGUUUCGAAUUUAUCACAUUCCACUACUCAGACUGUUGUAUUGUACGUGUAAAAACGAUGCGAAAUAACAGCGAGACAGACAAGAACAAAUCUGGACAAUACAAAGCGGUGAGGGUAAAAGGCGGAAUGCGUUUGCGGAAUGGCAUGUGGCAUGGCUUGCGGAAAGACAUAAUUAUGCAGAAUUUAAUUUAUGGCAAAUGGCGCAAAGAAAUAAGUUAAACAGGAAAGCAUGCGCACGUCUCUGCCAGGCCUUCUUUCGCACCAAAUUUGAAGGAGCAAUCGCCAGGCUAAAAUUGAAACACAGUUGAAUAGGAACCAAAUAGGGUCACUCUUUAUCAUAACGCUAAAGGGUAAAAAACGCUCUCUGAACGUGAAGUGGGGAUAGCUACAAUUCUAGGGAUUUUUUUACGGUGAACCAAUCAGAUCACACUCGAGACUAAACGAACGCCUCGAGUCAAACAUUAAUCCGUAAUCUACAAAUCGAGUGAAGCGGCGAACUACUCUCUGUCUCUUUUCCGCCUUUCCGCGUCUCUUCGUGGCAGUUAGUUUGAUGCCCGAUCGGUUUUACUGACUUAAUAACGGUAAAGGUGAAGGAGAAAAAAAUGCUUAAAGUAGGAAGGAAAAGAAAAAGAAAAGAAAGAAAGAAAGAGAAAAAGCACACAAACUCGAUUGCCUGGAUUUGAGCUCGCUCUUCUCCGCCAGCUGUUAGCUUCGCUUGCCUGAAACUUCACCACACAGCCAAGGAAACAAAAUUCAAGAUAGGUUCGGUCUCUGAAUAUUAUGUCACGAUUAAACACGCGACCCACCGUCUUAAAAAGAAACACUUUUCACGCGGUUUCGUUACUAUAGGUUAAAAAAGUGACAUUAAUCGUGCAAAUAUUUUGCCCUUGAUAUCGUGACCCCCAAAACAUCUUUUCUUCAAUGGCCGACUUUCGUGGUGUAGUAUCGGUGCCGCCAGCAGCCAGACUAGUAAAGGCAACUAGAAUCUUUGUGGCUGAGCAAAAAGCUAAUCGACCGUAUGAAAUCAAGGUGUCUUUCCUGGCUUUUUGAUUGUCAUCGUAGUCACAUGCCAUUCCGCAAACUCGUUCCUCCUUUUACCCUCACCGAAUACCAAGUAAAGUCACGACACUACAAAUGGCUCUUACUUAUAACAGAAAACCUUUUCAAAAAAUCCUACCAAUUUCUCAAGUUAACGCACGUGCGUAUUUGCGUAAAGGACGCUACGCCCCUGAUUUAUCCGGCCAAGUGCGGAAAACUAUAAGCGGCUGAUUGAAAAUUUUGGUUUUCUGGUUUUUGGCAAGCGUAGAUUAAAGUUACUUUUCAACGAUUUACAUAUAUUUUAAAUCUUGAGGAGGGACAAAUCAGUUAAAUAUAUUUAUAAUUGAAGUUUUCACUUGAAGUUACCCGAUUUUUUGCGGGAAUUUUUGGCCUGCUUCGUGGAAUCACCAUUUUUUAUUAUAACAGAAUCGCCUGCAAUGCACCACCCAAAUCAUCUUCAAGAUGUUUUUGUAAAAGAAGAGUACCACUUCUUAAACGUCCCUGGAAUUGGAACGAUUACAGUGUACGACACCUUUGACUGCACCUUUGAAUGUCUCAGCAAUCCGUCAUGUUUGUCUCUGAACCUGGCCGCCGCCAAAGGAGCCGAUAGACAACUUUGGUGCGAAUUGCUGACUUCGAAUAAAGACAUCAACCCAGACGAAUUCAAAGAAAACAAGACUUCGCAUCACUUUGCCUUGAAGGUGCGAACAUAGUCUAAAUUAUUAAUUAUCCUGUAGUGUCAAGAUGAAAAACCUAAGCUGAUGAUGGAUCUCAGAAUUUUAAGACAAAACUGUAAAGCCUCAUUUAGUAAAAAAGUGAAAGUUAAAUUCAUAGGCAAUUUCAGUGGAAUAAAGUAUUCUAAACAGAUGACUUUUUUUGUAUCUCCAUGGGCAGACGAUAAUAAACUACCAACGGUAUUUUCAGAAAGGCAAACAUCAAUAAACCGCUCAUCUCUUAAAAGAGAUGAAUCAAGGAGAUGAGCCUUAGAUUGGGUAGUCUUCUCCGCAGCUUAAGCGUUGUGUGACGAAACAAUACGGCCGUGAGGGAGACUAUAGAUUGGUGAACUGGUAGAACAGAAAAGAGCAGAGAUUAAAGUUCCCACUAGUGGAAAUUGGCGCAAACAAAAUGCAUAGUCGCCUGUUUUGUUUCUUCCAGGGUAGAUUCCGUCCGACAUCCUGCGUCGAACAUGGACAGCAAGGUGCCUACAAAGAUGGCAUUUAUAAGAUCUAUGAUAACGACGGAAACAGUUUCCCAGCCUACUGUGAUCUAAAAUCCGAGCCCGGUAUUGCAUGGACACUGGUCAUGUCGUGGAGUAAAAAAAAUCGUUGUAUUUCUGCUUUUCGCAGUACCCCAUUUCAUGUCAAUGCCCCGGAAAACGAGAACUCCCCGAACGGGGAUCGUUACCGCUUAAGUCUGGAGCGAAUGAGAUCACUGCAGGUUCACUCCACCCACUGGCGAGCAACAUGCAGCUAUCCGACUCAUGGCAUCGAUUUCACAGACUACCUCCGCGGCAACUUCAAAGACUUCAACAUCGUCGAUUUCCUUGGUAAUGACGAGUGUAAGAAGGUAGAAUAUGUGGAUAUCAGGGGGCUCAAUGGCACGAACCUUACAGCACCGUUUUGGGCGAACUUCGAGCUGGGUUUGCAUACUGACAGCUCUAUCGAUUUCUGCGAGCUAAAUGCAACUGUUGGAGCGGUAUCGAGUGAAGACAACUUUGGCUUCUAUAACGACAUUAAUCCCAAGUUCCGCUGUACACAGGCAGACAACUCUACUACUCAGUGGUGGUUUGGAGCUCAUCUUAAAAAAUAG